AUUGAAUUUGGAGGUUUGGCCUUUGACGAACCUGGCAACUUGUCUCUUCAACGAACAUUUGCGCUUGUUUGUGCUCGUGCCACGGGGCUACUGAAACUAAGUUGCGCUAUCGACCCCGUCCGUUCGUAUGAGCGCCGUGCCGUGGCCGCCAAUGGCGACAUGUUGCUCCCAUGUUGGGCAUUCUCGACCUUCUAUUUGCUCUCCACAAGCGGCGCCUCUCAGAUGCUUGACAUCACAACAGGGUCAAAUAAAGCCCGGGGCUUUCCUUGCUUGCCAGAACAACGAUGUAUCAAAAAGAAAGAGAGAUAAAGUCUGUCAGGCCAGACCCCGGCAGCGGCAGCAGCGUCUAAUGCCAACAUGCCACGUCGUCAUCUGCCAUCAACUUACUGCACUGCGCCCUCACCACAUGUAUGUAGGUACGCACAGACAACAAAACCUGGAGCCUAAGCUAGCGAACAGAGCCAGCAGAUUUCGUCGAAAAAAGAUUCCUCCUUGCAUCCUAGGACUUUCAGCGUUUGACUUUUUAAACCCCCUCACGAGUCGUCGUCACCGAGUCCAAAAAAAAACGUCUUGGCCGUGCGCUGGGCCCCCCGCUGCGCAUUCCCACCUGCUUGGCUGACACCAAGGAAAAUAUCUCACUUGGUCCCGACGUUCCGUGCGUAAGAACAAUGAGAGCCAGAGAAUAAGAGGAGAAAAGAAAACAAUUAUGGAUUAGUUUGCUCCCUCGGGACUGCGGGAAGAAAAAAAAUAA